UUAAGCAUUAUUAUAGUGAUAUUGACUAGCUUAAUCUCAAACUAUACUCUGUUUUUAACAAAAUGAUGGAGCUUUUGACAUCAACAAAAGUUAGCUUCUAUAUAAUAAUUCAAAUUUCAAUUGAGUUUAUGAUUUUCUUUUCCGUAAAAUAGAUUUUGUUUAGAGUUCUUCAUUUUUUAUUUUUAUUUUUUCUAAAAGGGGACCAUAAGAGAUUGGAUGGCCCAUUAACCCAAUAUUUUCACUCCACCACAGCCGAAUCCGCAAUAAUUUUUUGACUCCACCAACACAAAAAGGCAAAAGUUUCAUUAAUUCAGCCGGCGUGAAAUGGCGGUUUCGCUGCAAUUCCCAGUCUCAUCUUCAAUAAAAACAAUUGCUCCUUCUCCAACCUCCGUACAACCGAAAGCUGCACCUGUCAGUCGCCGUCUUUUUUAUUUCCCUUCCAAAACUACACCUUUUCUCAAAUUCAGCGGCAACUUAAACAAAAACCGAUUCUUUCCUGUCAAGGCCAUCGACCAAAACAAAGAGAGCGUGGAAGAGCCGGAGACCGCAAAGGAAGUGGAAGCAGAUGCUUCGGCGAGUGAAGAAAGCAAGUUGAGCGAGAUAGGAGCGGAGAUUAAGAAGGCGAUGAAGGAGAGAGAAGGGAACGGUAAUAAUCUUGCGGGCGGAGUGGCGGAGGAGAUAAGGGAAAUCGAGUGGCCUGCGUUUGGAAAAGUGUUGGGGACCACCGGCGUUGUGCUUGGGGUCAUUGCUGGGUCUAGUGUCGUUUUACUUACUGUUAAUGCCGUUUUAGCCGAGCUUUCUGAUAGGGUUUUUGCUGGCAAAGGUAUCCAAGAUUUCUUCAGCUGAUGAUAUUUAUUGGAAUAUAACUUUUUAUUUUUAAUUACAGUUGUCAAUGGAAUUUCUUAUAUCUGCUAAUUCAUGCCAAAAAUAAACGAAAUUUGGCUAAGAAACAAAUAGAUUUGCUGAAUACUUAUAUGCCAGCAUAUUCAUGGAGAAAUUUAAUGUUGCA